AUGAAUCUGACAAACAACCAAGCAGUAUGCAACAACAACUUCACAUUGGAUCAAAGUCUCAACAGAUACUUUCUGGGCACAACGAGCGAUGUCAUCAACCCAGACAUCAACGAUCACGGUGAUACGGCUCUACACAUUGCAGUCCGUAAUCGGCACCACUCCAUCAUCCGACUUCUAGUCGAGACAGGCACCGACAUCAACUCACCAAACCACCAACAAAUAACCGCUCUGCAAAUAGCCCUCAGUUCGGCCAACACAAGUACUGCACAGUUUCUUCUCGAGCUGGGUGCUGAUGUUACCGGGACCACCGUCAACGGGGAGACGGCCUUACAUCUCGCUGCACGCGUUGGAGACGUAGCAAUGGUUGAGUCACUCCUACAACGUUGCCCGUCGAUAAAUGUGAGGAAUCACUGUGGAGAGACAGCGUUACACGCCGCGGUCACAGCCGGCCAUGAGGAAGUGGUCAGGGUGAUGUUAGCACAUGGUGUGGAUCCUCAGGCGAAAGUCGGCAUUCAAACACCUGUUGACGCCACGUUUGACUGGAACAUGAUCAUGGAUCUUUGA